AUGGCCAACAGGGGCAAGUGUCGAGGUCAUUGUACCGCCAUGAAGCUACACAGCCACCAACAAGACCAGCGGUGGCCUGAGAAACAGUGCAGAGAAGCCCAUUCGGACGCAGCUCUGAAGGCCAGUCCUGUGGGAGGUGAUUCCAGCACUAAGGGAAUUGUGUUGAGAAAACUGAGUGUUCAGCCCAAGAAGCCAAAUUCUGUUGUUAGAAAGUGUGUCAGAGUCCAGCUCAUCAAGAAUGGCGGGAAAAGCACAGCCUUUGUGCCCGAUGACGGCUGCUUGAAUUUUAUUGAGGAAAACGAUGACGUUCUUAUUGCUGAAUUUGACCACAAAGUUCUUGCUGUUGGUGACAUUCCUGGAGUCUGUUCCAAGGUUGUCAAAGUGGCCAGUACAGCUGCAUCUUGA